UUGCCAUCAUUCGAUGUUCCUCUGGUGAAUGCAGUUUUGUUUGCAAAGAUACGUCUAUUAGAAGGUGGCACGUUUGACGACUGCACAGAACGCGUUGAGGUUGGAAAUAGUUGCUCUUGGUCUCAUCGAUCGAAUUUUUGUUGUCGAAUAACGUCCGAUCCUUCUUCCGGCAUACUGGAACGAUGUCUGUGCAGAAUUUCUAUAAGAAAGGAGCAGAAAGGCGGUAAGUCAUUUCUGAAACUGGGAUUUGUCGACAUUAAUCUUUCUGAAUUUGCCGGCAGUGGAGUGGAAGGCAUGACUAGAUCUUAUCUACUAGAUGGGUACGGUGGUUUACAUCAGCGUCAGGAUAAUUCAAAAGUUCAGAUUAAGAUUACAAUGACUCAUCAAAGUGCUGAUCCAUUUUUCAGAGUGUGA